AUGUCGUCGUCGACGAUGGCGGAGACGAGCGCGAUACGGAGCCGGGCAAGGACGACCGGCGAAAUCGAGGUUGGAAAAGCCGUUGCUGAAGCUAUCAAGAACGGUGCACCCAGUAUCGACCCCGCACUUCUUCCUCGUCUGCGAGACCUUGGACCGCUCAACAUCACGGAGAAUGUGCAUGCCAUCAACUCGAUGUGCCCAAAUCCUCGACAAAAGUUCGUCUUCGAGAAGCUCGUCACGCACCUCCACGACUUUACCCGCGAAGUGAGCCUGACGACCGAAGAGUGGAUGCUCGCCAUCGAGUUCCUCACAGCGACAGGCAAGAUCUGCUCCGACAUCCGGCAAGAGUUCAUCCUCCUCUCCGACAUUCUCGGCCUCUCCUGCCUCGUCGACAGUAUGAAUCAUCCCUCAAUGCCGCCGGCGACCGAGGGAACAGUCCUUGGACCUUUCUUCACGCAGGAUGCGGCGGAUCUCAAGGCUGGCGAGUCUAUUGCUUCGGAAGGAAAGGGAGAGUACAUGUGGUGUGAAGGGCGAGUCCUCGAUACACAGGGCAACCCUGUGCCGAACUGCACCAUCGAAACCUGGGAGACGGACAACGAAGGCUUGUACGAUACGCAAUACGAAGGCCGCACUGUUGCCGACUGCCGCGGUCGCCUCAAGUCGGAUGCGAAUGGGUACUACAGCUAUCGUGCGGUCUUACCGACGCCCUACCCCAUCCCCAACGACGGACCCGUCGGCCGCCUCCUCAAGACCCUCAAUCGCCAUGUCUUCCGCCCGGCCCACCUGCACACGAUGCUUGUCGCCAAAGGCUACGAGACGCUCAUCACCGCGCUCUACUUCAAGGGUGACCAGUUCCUCGAGUCUGAUGCCGUCUUCGGGGUCAAGUCCUCGCUCGUUGUCGAACCCAAACUUGUGACGGAUGAGACCAAGGCCAAGGCGCUCGGGUUCAAGCAUGGUCCGUACUGGCACCUCGAGAAGGACUACGUCCUCCUCACCCUCAAGCAGGCGGACGAGCAGAAGCGCAAGAGCUUGAAGAACUACUAUUCGUCCUUGAAGUAG